GGAGUUGUGGAGGGCCUGGAGGCGCCAAGGCGGCAGUCGAGAGAAUCUAAAGCCUAAACCCUUCUAGUUCUUGCUCGUUCGCUGUAUCUAUAUAUAUAUGUUGGUCUGAUCCGUUUUUCCAAAGAAUUGCUGCUAACUGUCGCCGUCUGAUAAAAAAUUAUCUGACUAUCUUUACCAUUGAUUCUUAAUCCUUGUCGGAGGUUUCGAGUUAUGUGACGCCAUUGAUGGCCGAUUUCAGAGGUGGCAGAGCUGCAGACUCUGCUCCCUUGCACCAGCUCCGUCUCUUGAGACGCUGUGCUUUUCUUCAAGAAAUUCGUAGAGGAGAGUCUUGGGGCGUUGGAUUGGCGGACCUGAUCAGUUUCUCUAAUUUCGAAGUUCGGUCUUCUUUUUGUGCAGUCCUAUAAAUCAGGAAGUUCAUUCAUUUUUAACGACCGAUCCGGUUGGUUUCUGUGUUUUGUUCUUCUUACUUUUCUUCUCGCAGUAGUUCUGAAGCAGAUCGUGGACUAGCUUGAAGGUUACGCGCAGGGUGGAUUCUGUGUUUUGUGGAAUUUUUUUUAAGCUUUUGCUGCGAAAGCUGGAUAUUGUCUUUUGUUUACAGCAGUUGAAGAUAAGGCCGAAUUUGCCUCGCUGAUGUCAAUUGCAGUACUUCUUUCAAUUUCUGGAAUGGUUAUAAACUCCGCAUUCUACAAGCUUUGAGAUUUGUGGUUCUCGACUGAAUUCGUUGAUAACAGGGGAGCAGUGCUGUUGUUGUUAUUGAGUGAUUUGGUUUUCUAGGGGCUUUCGUAUACUUUUUCCCCUUUGGCUUUUGUUGGUGGUUGUCGCAGUGUAGCUUAGGCGUUUUGUGGUUCAAGAUUUUCCUUUAGAUAGGGAUUCUUUUUCUUUUUUAGUUUUUUGGUCUUUUCUGCAUGAAGAGCUCUACUAUUUGGGUUACCGCCUUACCGGAGUCCCGACUUCUGUUUUGUUCGACUUUUUGAUCUUUGAAAGAGGGUUAGCUUUUAUGUUCUAUCCAUGGGGACUAAAAAUUUGUCUAGAGUAAUGAGCUUUGGCAUAUCAGAUGAGGCCUUAAAGUGUGUCAUGAAAUACCUCAACGACCCUCGUGAUCGCGAUGCUGUUUCUUUGGUGUGUCGUAGUUGGUACGAGGCUGAUGCUUUGACGCGGCAGCAUAUCGUCAUUGCUCUGUGUUACACAACCACUCCCGAUCGUCUGAAGCGAAGGUUUAAGAAUCUUCAGUCGCUAAAAUUGAAGGGCAAACCCCGGGCUGCAAUGUUUAAUCUUAUACCAGAGGAUUGGGGAGGAUACGUUACUCCAUGGAUCAAGGAAAUCGCAGAGGCUUUUGAUUGCCUGAACUCACUUCAUUUCCGGCGGAUGAUCGUCAAGGACACAGAUCUGGAGGUUCUAGCUCAAGCUCGUGGUCGCGUGCUGCAAUCGCUUAAACUGGAUAAGUGUUCUGGAUUUUCUACUGAUGGCCUUAGACAUGUUGCACGAUCUUGCAGAUGCAUAAGAAUCUUGUUUUUAGAAGAGAGUUCAAUAGUUGAGAAAGAUGGCGAAUGGCUUCAUGACCUUGCUCUAAACAACACAGUUCUUGAGGUGUUGAACUUCUAUAUGACUGAGCUCAUGAAAAUUAGUGCCCAAGACCUUGAACUGAUAGCCGAAAACUGCCGGUCAUUGGUUUCUAUUAAAAUUAGUGAUUGCGAGAUAUUGGACUUAGUUGGUUUCUUCCGUGCUGCAACCACAUUAGAGGAAUUUGGCGGUGGUUCUUUCAAUAAGCAACCUGAUAGGUACUCAAUUGUUACAUUGCCCCCAAGGUUACGUAGUGUGGGCCUUAGCUACAUGGGGAGGAAUGAGAUGCCUAUAGUAUUUCCAUUUGCUUCUCUACUCAAGAAGCUGGAUCUCUUGUAUGUAUUGCUAGAUACUGAGGAUCAUUGUCAACUGAUUCAACGAUGCCCCAAUUUAGAAAUUCUGGAGGCAAGGAAUGUUAUUGGAGAUAGAGGACUUGAAGUUCUUGCUCAGAGUUGUAAGAAAUUAAAAAGGCUUAGAAUUGAACGGGGUGCAGAUGACCAAGAAAUGGAGGAUGAACAAGGCCUAGUUUCACAGAGAGGAUUAUCUGCUUUAGCACAGGGCUGCAUUGAGCUGGAAUACUUGGCUGUCUACGUAUCUGAUAUAACCAAUGCUGCAUUGGAAGCUAUUGGCACUUAUAGCAAAAACCUCUGUGAUUUCCGGUUAGUCUUGCUUGACCGAGAAGAAAGGAUAACAGACUUGCCACUUGACAAUGGGGUCCAAGUGCUGCUGAGGGGUUGUGAGAAGCUUAGGAGGUUUGCUCUUUAUUUGCGACCCGGAGGCUUGACUAAUGUGGGUCUUGGUUAUAUAGGGCAGUACAGUCCAAAUGUGAGGUGGAUGCUUCUGGGAUGCGUUGGAGAAUCAGAUGAUGGGCUUCUAGCAUUCUCUACAGGGUGCCCUAGCCUGCAGAAGCUAGAAGUAAGGGACUGCUGCUUCAGUGAACGUGGACUAGCUCUUGCUGCAUUACGAUUAGUUUCUUUGAGAUACUUAUGGGUGCAAGGGUAUGGAGCAUCUGCAACAGGUAAUGAUCUCUUAGCCAUGGCUCGUCCUUUCUGGAACAUUGAAUUGAUUCCUGCAAGAAGGAUUGUUAUUAAUGAUGGCCAAAGAGAGGAGAUAAUCGACCAUCCAGCUCAAAUACUUGCUUACUACUCCCUUGCUGGGCCGAGAACAGAUUAUUCUGAUAGUGUGAUUCCAUUGGCUCCUUCCUUGAUAAACUCAUAGAACUUUGUAUAUCCUUCUCUUGUUUUUUUCCAUCUCAUGUACCAAUGAUAUGCUCAGGCCCCAUCAACAGGUCUCUCUUCUUGUAUCAUUUACUAGCCCCCCAUGGAGAUCUCCGUUGUGUAUGAAGCUUGUGUUCUACUUGUAAUUUGAAAUCACAUUGUUCAGGUGAAGAGUCCCAAGAUGCUUCCCUUGGCCAUCUUCUGGUCCAGUUUCCUGAUACUGGUUUUGAUUGAGUUGAAUUUUUUCGUUCUUUGAAUAUAUUAGCCAGAUCUGGUUUUAUUGCAUGCCUCCAUCAUUUAUCAUGGCCAAGGAGCAAGACUCGCUGUUCUUUGAAUCUCAGAUGUUUGAUAUUGGGUAGUGAAAGAAAGCCAUGGAGUUAGCUUGAUCAGGCAAAGUGGGCAGUACCUUCAAGGUGGUACCUCCUGAGCCUAUAAACUGAGCCACGUUCUUCCAAUCUGAUCGAGGGUUUGUUCAAUAAGCGGAUUGGAUCUGAGAAUUCAUCAUGGCAUCUAUAAGAUGAUGGCUGACCAAUGUCUCUAGUUAUUUUCUUGUUUUCAUCUCUAUGCUUUGGUGUAUCUGGUGACGUCAACUUCUUGAAUGAACAAAAUGUUACUCUUUUUUUUCUAGUAAUAAAAUGCCACUCUUUACCUGCAGCAAAA